CAACUCUCUCAAUCCAACCUCCAACUUUUAUAAAUCAAACCAUUUGAGUUUUCUUAUCAUUCACCUGAUUUCAAUGGAGGGGGUGAAGGCAGAGAGAAGGCCAAAUUAUGAAGUCAAUAAGAAUUAUCUGAGAACGACUACUGUUCUUAGGAUCUUGGCCUUUAUAUCCACUUUGAGUGCAACUUUAGUCAUGGUUUUCAACAAGCAAACAGUUCAAGUCCUUGGCCUUGAGAUGAGUGCUAGCUUCAAGUCUUCUCCAGCUUUUGUGUUCUUUGUGAUUGGGAAUGUGAUUAUCUGUGUUUAUUCACUGGUAUCACUGGGUUUUCUUUCAACUCUUUUGAACGGUUAUCUUCUUCACUUGUUGGAUCUGGUGGUGAUGGUGCUAGCAAUAUCGGCGGUCUCAUCGGCGACGGCGAUCGGGUAUUUAGGGAAGAAAGGAAAUGUGCAUACAGGCUGGUCUCAGGUGUGCUCCAUGUUUGGCAAGUUCUGCAAAAGGGUUCAGAUAUCUCUGGCUUGUUCUUUCGUUGCUGUCAUCGCUUUACUUGUUAUUUGUAUGCUUUCCUCUGUUCACAAGACCAAACAGAUUAAUACCUACUGAAUUGCUUCCAUUUCCUACUGUUUUUUCUGUGUUUAAGGUUGAAUGUGAAUCCAUGGUCUGAUUCACAACUCUAUGUAGACAUGAAGUUUGCUGUGUCAUUUUUGUAAUAUAUUUUUUCAUCAUUGGCUGAAUGACAGUUAACACCACCAAAGUGGUUCUCUUUAACUGCUUGUA